AUGGCCGAUCCACCGCUUGGUUUGGGUCCCCGUAAGUCCCCCAGCAAUCCGCGAGGUGAGCAGAGUCGUUUGUCGACUCGUGAACUCUCCAAUCGCGCUGCUGGCGACGCAGGAAGCACACCUAUUAUGACAAAAUCCCUUAUUGAAGCUUUUGACAAUGAAAAUUUUUCGUCGAGUGAAAAUGUCGCGCGUGAUGCGGAAUCCGACGACACCGACAUCGACCCCACCCUUGACUCUGUCGCAGAUAAACAGGUUUAUGGCCUGCAGAACGCAGAAUCAUCGCAGCAAGAAUGGCUGCAAAAUCUCUCCGAUGAAGAAAAUUCUUCUUCUACUCCCACCUAUGCCCAAAUGGCUGCUCAGUUCUCUAAGAGGACUUCAUCGCAACCCAUCUCCAAAAAAUCUUUUGCUCUUGAAUUCCAAAGACUCGAACAGUUUCCCGAAUUUCUUAAACUCCAAUUUCACUCUCUCCGCAUGGAACAAACCGUCGGAGACACGAUUUCAUGUCGUAUUCCUGAUUACUCUUGUGAUCUUUGA